AUGAUUAAAAAAUUAAUUAUACUUUCACUCGCAGUAACAGUCAUACUUGCUACUGCUACUCCAGGUGCAGAUGUUUAGUGUAAUACUAAUGAUUAAACUUCAUGUGGUUCAUCUGGUGGUAGCACUUGGGCACAAGGAACUAAUCCUGGCAAAUCAAAAAUCGCUGAUUGUGGUAGCAUUGGUUCUAGCUUAUCUAAUGUUUAUGACACUCUAUGUACAUCUUGCGUUACUGAUUCUAAAAACUAUGCUAAUAGUGCUAAAAAUGGUUGUCAAACUACUGUUGCUACUCCAGGAGCAGUUGUUCCAUGUUAGGCAUCUGGUGCUUGUACUACAUGUGGUUCAAUUUCACCAGCUUUUGCAUGGUCUAUACCCAGCGGUGAUACAACUAAUUGCAUAAUCACCUCAUGUUUAGCUGCACCUUUCCCAACUAGCAAUUUAAUUGAUAAUUUUUGCAAAUCAUGUGGUGGUGCUUCAGGAACUUAUGCUAAUUCUUAUGGUACAUCUUGUGUUGCAAGUACAGCUACAUGCUAGAACACAAGAAGUGCUGCUUGGACUGACUCAGAUUGUCAAAAAUGUAAUGCUGGUGGUGCUAAUUCUGCAAAUCAAUAUGCUGCUGCAGAUUCAAAAUCAUGCGUUUCUACUAAACCUAGUUCAUCAUCUUCAUCUUCUGUUAUUGUUUUUUCAUGUUUAAUAGUUGCUUCUUUACUUAUUUGA